CACUCGUACUCUUUGCACCCACACUUUCUUUGUGACUCUAAUUUAUCGAAAUUAUCUGCAAAUCCAUUCUCAUUUCGCACAAAUAAGUUGAUGAGGCAACCAAGAUAGCAGUGGCAACGGCGUUUCCGAAGGGUGAAGUUGACAGCAGGUGUUAAUAGGAGAGGGGAGAGGGGACUGUAUACAAAACGGGCGCAACUGGUGUAGAUUUACGUGAAAUUAUCGUAAUUUUGCCACGGUGACUCGACAUUAUACGCAAAUUCCGGAUUCUACAAUCCCUCGGCCAAUUCCUACUGCGUUGUGCUUCAUAUUUUGCCAUCGCGUAAAGGAUCCGUAGGGUUCUGGGUCGACAUCAACGGUGUGUGCAGUUGAGGCGGCGCGACUGACGUGGAGCAAACUGUGUUGUUCCGAGGGAUACUGAGGGCCGUUCCGGAUAUCUACGGUAGAACGUUAGCUACGAAUUUCACGCGAAAACAUGUUUGAAAUCACCGAUACACAGAAGAUUGGAGUCGGGUUGGCCGGCUUCGGUAUUGCCUUCCUGUUCCUGGGCAUGCUGUUACUGUUCGACAAAGGACUGUUGGCAAUAGGAAACAUAUUUUUUGUAUGCGGACUGGCGUGUGUAAUCGGAUUGGAGCGAACGUUUCGGUUUUUCUUCCAAAAGCAUAAAGUGAAGGCAUCGAUCGCAUUCUUCGGUGGCAUUGCGGUCGUGCUGCUCGGAUUUCCGCUCAUCGGAAUGGUGAUCGAGAUGUACGGAUUCAUACUGCUGUUUAGUGGCUUCUUUCCGGUGGCCAUCAACUUUCUACGACGGGUACCGGUGUUAGGAACGUUUCUCAAUAUGCCCGGCGUGAGCCGGACUGUAGACUGGCUAGCUGGCGAAUCGGACCGUACAACGGAUUAUUCGACCAGCAAAUGAAAUCGAACCCCCUAACCGAAUCCGGUAACCGACACUAUCCAUUCCACGAUACAGGACAGUGCCAUUUGUAAUGGGGUUGAGCACGUAAAACGCGUAAUAAAUAGUAUUAACUGCAAGCAUCCUGGAGUUAUCAACAUUAGUAGCGAUCUCCUUGCAUUCGUAGAUCCGGGGAGCGGGUUUGUGGUCAUUUCGUUUCGCGUUGGUUCAUGUUUUGAGGAUUUUUUGUUCUUUUAUUGUUAAGUCUUCUCCCUUCCUCGACAUCAAAUGUCUUUAAAUGUCUAAUGCAGAGUGAAUUCAACUCUUCGUUUUAUCUACACAUGCUUGAUCACAAACGGUAAAAAGGUUCGCGAUGAUGAUGGUAUUCGUCGUAGCUUACUUUAUUAGGAUGGUGGACGAUAAUGCGAUUGUAUUGGAUGUUGUUGUGUUCGAUAGAGAAAGCUUUCAUCGUCAUCGUCGAUCGUCUAUCGUCGUUAGUUGUCUAAUGGUCGUUUGGGGGGAGAAGGGUAUCCUGCUGAAACAUGGCUAAUUCUCUUAGCCUGUACGUGGUAGGGCAAGACAAGUAAAUAUAUCGAAAGCGGA